AGUCAAAGAUUAAUGAGAGUCUUUAUCCGCGAUGAAGUCAGCAGGUACAAUAAUAAUCUUGGUAAUUAUCGCAAGUGCUCUUGCUCCGGCAGCAGCUCGCGAAAUUCCGCGGGUCGUGGGCGGCCAGGCCGCUAAGGAUGGCGCGUAUCCUUAUCAAGCUUCUUUGAGACUUUCCGGGUCUCACUUUUGCGGAGGAGUUGUUAUUAAUGAUCGCUGGGUUCUUACUGCUGGGCAUUGUCUUUAUUACAUGAACACACAAAACAUCACAGUAGUAGUCGGAACAAAUAGCCUGAAGAUAGGCGGAGACGUUUACAAAACAAACUACACAACAGUCCACAAAAACUACACAGGAGACCUGACGAACGACAUUGCGCUGUUAAGAAUCUCCGGGAAGUUUAACUUCACCAAGAAAGUGGCGCCAAUCCCCCUGGCGACAAAGGAUGAAACUAAAAAAGAGUUCCCCGCUAAGCUCUCCGGAUGGGGAUCCACCAUCUUGGGCGGAGCGCUACCGGAUAAGCUUCAGGAGAUAAAUCUUACAGUGAUUUCGCAGGUUAGGUGCAAAAUCUACCACUCGAUAGUCACAGCAGGACACAUUUGCACCUUGACCACCAGGGGAGAAGGCGCUUGUCAUGGUGACUCCGGUGGACCGCUUACCGCUAAUGGAACUCUCAUUGGACUGGUUUCCUUUGGACGACCCUGCGCAGUAGGGUACCCAGAUGUCUACACCAGAGUUUUCUUCUACCGAGACUGGAUCAAGAAGGCCAUUGCUGAUGCUGAUAAGCCUCACGAUGAAGAUGAUGUUUAGAAUUUUUAGGUGUGAUUCUUGCAUUAAUACUGUAUUGGUUUAAAAUUUGCUAAUAAAAAUAUAAAAUUGUUGAAAUA